AUGGUUGCCACCGGAAUCAGUCCAUCUACGUCUCAGAAAGCGGCUUAUCUGGAAAGCAUGUUUCUCAACGGAAUGGAGCAGCAAGCCUUGAAAGAGUGGGAGGAAUUGUUUGCGCAAUCGACUUCCGAAUCCGAGAUGCACUUCCAACGCGGGCUGGCUGAAACGGGGGCUAGAAUGCAUGCUCUCGCUGGAAAUCUGGAUCGCGCUAAGAUGAUUGCAGAGAAGAUCUUUGAUCAUCUUCCAUCAUGGGACCCCGAGGUUAUAAUGGUCGUUUUCCGGGCUCACACCAGAUCGAAAGCGGCACUACACCAUGAACAGGCUUGGGAUCUGUAUCUCAGGAUGAAAACCCUUCUGGGCGAGAAUUUCCAAGCCAUAGCCUAUAACAACUGCUUUAUUGGCUUCCUAGAAGCCCGUAACCUGCAAUAUGCGAGGCAAGUCCUUGGCGACAUGGUGAAGGCUGGCGUACUAGCCAACGGCGACUCUGAGGAGCAUGUGCUUGAGGUCCGCCGCAAGCUGCACCUUCUCAACCGACUCACCACUGAUAUCGUCCAAGCGACCAGCGUUGCUCUGUACGCCCUGACAACACUACCAAGGGCAUAUCACGUGCAUGUCUUCGCGGACUGGAUCAAAUUGGCGGCGGCGAAGAAAGCUCCCGAAGCGGCUGCGCAGAUUCUUGACAUGAUGUUCAGGAGGGGUCAUCAGCCGGAUACCGUAAAUUUCAACUACUUCCUAAGGUCGUUGUUCUCGACCAAGCAGAAAUCCCAUGAACUGAGGGCGGAAAAUAUUGCAUGGCAUAUGGUAGACAUGGCCUCCAGGGCAGCGUCUGGCAACGGGCGGCGGCAGCCUAGAACGUCGGUGUCUGAUCCGCUUCUUCUUCGAAAAAUCCCGCCUGCAAAUGGGGCGACAUAUGCCCUGCUUAUACGGCAUCAUGCAAACCACUCGCAGUGGGAACAUACCGAUUAUCUUAUUAGGCAUAUGCGGGCUAGGCAAAUACCCCAAAACACCGAGACUAUGAAUGUUUCGAUGGACAGUCUAUGCCGCCAAGGCGAUUACAACAAGGUUUGGGACACGUACAGCACUCUGACAAACCCGCCAAAAGAACAACCUGGUGUCUUUCCCAAUGGGGCUACGUUUCGUUGUCUAUGGAAGACGUUGCGUCUUGCUCUCGGAGACGUUGAGCACCGCGAGCACUCAACACUUCCAGGUCCACGCGAACUUCUGGCGGAAAAUAUUCGUUGGUGGAAUAUGGUCCGAAGUCGCUAUGACGCGUCUCGAUUCCGAGCUGGACUGGCCGCGGAGGAUAGCGGGGCUUUGAGCAAGCUGGUUAUGCACUGCUUCAGCUACAAGAAGGACCUCCCUGGAUCGCUUGUCGCAAUGCAUGCGCUGCGAAGCCAAUUCUACAUCUUACCGUCGAUGGAAGCCUCUUGGAUUUUGCAGAACCAGAUCGCCUGGGUCGAGGCUAGCAGGGAGGCCAAGACUGCUCGGGCGCGGUACAGGAUGAGUGGCCUGCACCAACGAAACCUCAAGCAGGUGGGAAGGGUCCAAAAUAUUCUAUUUCAUGAUCGGCUGGCCCGGAUGAACAUGUCCGAGGAAGAGUUUGCGUCGCUAAACGACGAACGCAAGGCGGAUAUCACGUUGGACAGCCUGUCGGAGUUUAUUCGCGCAGUCCUCAAAAGACAACACGCUCCUGAAGAUGUCGAAGCGAUGAUCGACAAGGCAAAGAACGAUAUCGGUAUGCCUAAUCUUCCAACAGGCGAUAUGGACGCGUUUAUUGUUGCAUGA